AAUGCAGACAAAAAUAAAAAUAAUUAAAAUUUCUAAUUUCCAUAAAUAUAUAGGUGGACAGUUAAAAAAAUUAGAGACGAGACUUAAAUUUAGAUGAUGAUAUGCAAAAGAUUCGUUUCACAAUUUUAUUUUAGUAUUUUUUUAAUAUUAAGCAAUCUUUAAAUAUUUGAACAAUAAAUAAAGGCAAUUUAUGUGUAAAAAUAUUUGCAAACCCUACAGAUACAAUCGUGUUGCAUUUUACAACAAAGCUUCUUUUAAUUAAGUAGGUAUAUAUUCCUAUCGAAGAAUAGUGUAUGAUAUACAAUGAGUUUUGAGAUUGAUAAAUUAGUAAAAACAUAUAAAUCUUUAUCCAGAGUAUCUGCUUUAACUACUGGACAAAUUCAAUCUCAAAAUAUAAUUAGUACAACUUGGUCUCAAAGGAAUAUUGAAAAAGGAAAGACUGCUAGGUUUAGCUCUACAAUUUUGCUUAACAAUAAUUUUGAAAAAAUUGGGGAAAUUUCACCUUUUGAUAUUACUACAGAGUCACUUUCACAGAUUGCUAAAUCGGGUAACCUUAAAGCUGUUAUUCGAGAAAAUGAUUCUAAACAGUAUUUAGAGAUAUGGCAAAGCAAUUCGCUAAUACGAGUAGUAGAUUUGACGUCGUUAGAUAUGCAUGGAUCUGUCUAUACAGACGCGGAGUUUAGAGCAUUCGAAUUUUCUCCGGACGAAAAAAAGUUGAUAUACGUUGCUGAAAAGAAGAAUCCAAAAAGCGAACCUUUUUACAAAAGAAAGAAAUCUGAUGGAAAUGGGGAUAAUAAUGAUGGAGGUACUGCAAAGCCUACUACAAAGGGUGACGAAUAUUUGUUUGAACAAGACUGGGGAGAACAACUAGUUGGCAAAAAAAGAUCUAUCGUUGUUCAAUAUGAUAUUGAAAAAGACACUGCUCAAAUACUUGAAGGAAUUCCAGAAAAUGUUUGUGUCGCCAAAACAAAAUAUUCACCAGAUGGCUCUUACAUAGUCGGAGUAGCUUACUUUACAGAACCAAGGAAAUUAGGAUUAAUUUAUUGCUCUAACAGACGGAGUACCAUUUUUCAAUUGGAUUUUGAAGGACAUUAUUAUGAAUUAAACUUAAAAGAUAAUUCAGUUAAUUCACCAAUUUUUACUCCCGAUGGUAAUUCAUUAGUAUGGUUACAGAGGAGAGCCGGAGGACCUCAUAAGACUUGUAUGGCUUUAGUUAAAACUAGUGUGCCUCUAAAUGACAAGUCUAAAGUAGAAAUAAUUGUUGAUAUAGUAGCUAAGGAAAAAAUAAUCAAUAAUAACAAAUUAUUUUAUGGAAUUUACAAUACCGCAUUUCCUAAGAGGCCUUGGGCAAGCAACAAUAGGUUGCUAUUAAAUACAUAUCAGAAAUAUACAAUAAACUCCUAUGUGAUUGAUAUAGAUACGGGCGCUAUAACCGAAUUAGAAUGGCCAAAUGGCAGUCAGAUAAUUGUAGAUACAUACAACGAUGUAGUUUUAGCUGUGAGAAGAAAUUUUCUUAUUCCAGAUAUUUUAGUUAUUGGAACACUUACACCUGAUAAUUUAGUUGACUGGGUUGAAAUAAGUCCUAAAGUUGAAGUGGAUCUAUUAAAGGAUCUAACUUACAAAUAUCUAGAUAUAGUGGUUCCUGAAGAGAGUGUUAGUGAUUUCAACGCUAUAUACAUAGGUCCAAAAAAUGGAGAAGAUGCAACAGUUCCACUUGUCAUAGUGCCACAUGGAGGACCGAAUAGUGCAUUUACCAACUGCUUUAUGUUCGAAGUGGCAAUUUUUUUAGCUUUAGGUUAUGCCGUGCUACUUAUUAAUUAUAGAGGCUCUAUAGGAGCCGGUAAUGAUUCAAUAUAUUAUUUGGCUGGAAAAGUUGGCACGGCGGAUGUCCAAGACUGCAUUUUGGCUGUUGAUACCGCUCUUAAAGAAUUCCCAUGGAUAAAUCCAGAACAGUUGGCUUUACGUGGAGGAUCAUAUGGAGGAUUUCUAGUAACUCAUUUAAGUGGCCAAUAUCCAGAUAAAUUUAAAGUGGUAGUAGCAAGAAAUCCAGUGAUCGACAUUGCUUCGAAGAGCAUCAGUUCCGAUAUACCCGAUUUAUGCUAUGUUGGAGUUGGGGAGUCUUAUAGCCAGGUGGGGGAGCCUAAUACCGAUCAUUUGUUAAAAAUGCGUAAUGCAACACCUAUUAUGCAUGCACAUAAAGUAACUGCUCCAACUCUUCUAUUAAUAGGAUCUAAAGAUUUAAGAGUUCCGCCCAGCCAAAGUUUAGAGUAUUAUACUAGACUCAAAUCUAACAAUAUUAAAGUCAGAAUGAACUUAUAUGAAGACAGUCAUCCUCUAGGAAGUGUUCCAAAUGAAAUGGAUUCCAUACUCAAUACCAUAAUAUGGAUUGAUGACCAUUUAAAGCAUAAUAAAUAACUGACACACAUGCCACAACUUCAAGUUUUAAUAAAAUGGCAUAUUU